CCACACACGAGUAUAUAUUCACAUCACACAGUGAGACUGUGAGAGUGAGUACAGGCAAACCAGCUUAUGCUAUAUUUACGGAACAACGGUGCAUCGUGAUCUCGAUUCAUUUACAAAUCCAAGCAGAUUACUCACUCGUAUACGCAUAUACUCUCUAUCUCUACGGAUACAUUAAGAUACAAUAGCCUAUUGAAGCAUAUUCAUGAACUUCAGUGCAGAGCUCCAUUGAAGCAGAUAGCCACUGAUCAAUUGCUUCAGCAAAGGUGCAAAAUAUUGAGAUCCAAAGCCGAAGCUGAUCUAUGCGAUGAAAUUCUUUCUGAAGAAGAAGCGGAAAUCGGAGACCGCGAUAUGAAGGUAUACGUAUCGGCGAUCGGGAUUAAGAGACUAGCGGUGUCCGCCGUCGCCGGAUGCGGAGGUGUUUGGCGGGGGAUGAAGUGGAAGAACUCACUGCCGGCGGCGGGUAAACGCCGAUUGUCGCACCGCACGAUAAGGCUGUUCGCCGGCCUGCUUUUGCCCUUUCUUCUUGUUAGGACUGCUCUUCUGGUGUUUGAAUCGGCUGCCCUCUGUUCUUCCCCUAUUGGUUGUCUGACAUGGCGGUGUUUUGGCGGGAGUGACGGUGCCUUGCUCAGAGAAGAGCUGACGAGGGCCUUGCAGGAGGCAAGUGGUAGCGAGAAUGGUGGUGGAAUUAGUACAGUUGAUGGUUCUAAUUUUGACCCAGUUUCAUUCAAGGAUCUUGUAAAGGAUAUGACUAUAAACAGACAGGACAUAAAAGCCUUCGCUUUCAAGACCAAGGCCAUGAUUGCAAAGAUGGAACACAUUGUAAAAACAGCUCAGUGGCACGAAUCUAUGUACUGGCAUUUAGCUGCUCGUGGUGUACCCAAGAGCCUCCACUGCCUUUCACUUGAAAUGGCCGAGGAAUAUGCUGUGAAUGCUGCAGCACGCUCUCGAAUACCUUUGCCGCAAUACAUUCACCGCCUCACAGACAUUUCUUUUCACCAUGUUGUUCUUUUAACUGACAACAUCCUUGCUGCCUCUGUGGUUAUCUCCUCCACUCUCAACACAUCAAGGAAUCCCGAAAAAUUGGUCUUCCAUGUGGUGACUGAUAAGAAGACAUACACUUCAAUGCAUGCAUGGUUUUCAGUAAACUCAAUUGGUUCUGCAGUUGUUGAAGUCAAGGGCUUGCAUCAAUACGAUUGGCCUCAUGAGGUGAAUGUAGCUGUUAAGGAGAUGCUAGAAAUUCAUCAUCAGAUCUGGAAUCACAAUUACCGAAGUAUGAAGACAGAGGAUCUUGAAUAUGGGAAUGAAAAUUACCACAAGCUAGAUGUCCUAAGUCCCAGCUCUGUCUCCCUCUUGAAUCACCUCCGUGUCUAUCUACCCGAGCUGUUUCCAGAUCUGAACAAAGUUGUGUUCCUGGACGAUGAUGUCGUAGUACAACAUGACUUAUCACCCCUGUGGGACUUGGAUCUCAACCAGAAAGUUGUGGCUGCAGUUGUUGAUUCAUGGUGUUUAACUGACUGCUGUCCCGGACGAAAGUACAAGGAUUAUUUUAACUUCACGAAUCUAAUCAUAUCGUCCAUUUUAGACGAAAAUCGGUGUGGAUGGCUUUGUGGGGUGAAUGUUUUUGAUCUACAAAGAUGGAGGAAGAGCAAUAUCACUGAAGUGUAUCAUCAGUGGCUUAAACUUAGCCUCAAUUCUGGUUUUGAACUAUGGCAUCCGGGAGCACUUCCACCGGUCUUACUUGCAUUUGAAAAUCACGUCCACGCCAUUGAUCAUUCGUGGCACAUAUCCGGUCUGGGGUACCGGUAUCCACUAGUAGACAAGCAGAUCCUGGAAACUGCUGGCGUCGUGCAUUUUAGUGGGCCGGCAAAGCCAUGGCUCGAAAUCGGGUCACCAGAGGUAAGACAUCUGUGGACUAGGCACAUAAAUUCAUCGAACCAUCAUAUCAGAAAAUGUGGAAUAUCGAGUUGAGAGGAUGUUUUAUACACAUAUAUAUAUAUCAAUGUAUCUAUAUCCCCGAUAUUUGUUUCGGUUUAAACUCUGGAGGAGUUGGUCGAGGCAGAGGGAAGAAGGUCGAGCCUUCAGUCUCUUCUCAGACACUGCUCCUCUGUGGAUAAUAGCAUAUAUAUAUAUAGAAGAUGCAAGCCGAGAUAUCUAUAUAUAUAUAUAUGUGUGUAUAGCCUAGAUUUCUAACCUACAAAACCAGAGUAGGGGUGAAGAAGAUUUUAAUGUAACUGUAUAUUAAUUUGUAGCUUCAUCUAUAUAUGUAUAAUAUCAAUAUGGUUCUCUA